UAGUGAAAAGCCUAUUGAUGAGCACAGGGGCGUGGUGUCGCUUGUCUCCACACGUGCAAACACUUAAAAACCGCCGUGGCCAUUUGUUGGUUGCUCACUGGGGCAGCACGGAAGCGUACUGUCCGCAACUCAUUUCUGUUGUAGCUGGGCAGGCAAACGGCUAAAAUGCUGCCGGACGCCUACGGUUGCGUUGUGGCGAACAGGUUCGGGAAUCUUCUGGAUGACGAUGCAGACCCGUUUGACUUGAUGAGCGAAGUGGAAAUGGCGAAGGAGAAAAAGAAAAAGAAGAAGGAGGAAGACGAGAAGAGAGCUAAACCGAAAAAGCCUGGUCAGAGGGAAUCCCAGAAGGACAGACGCACCCCCCUCGCGUCGGAUGGUCAAGAGCCGGUUAUAGCCCGGAAGCCUCAGCCUCAGUCACGUCCUGGACCAGUGACCGAGAGCAGAAAUGGCAGAGAGGAGGCCCAGAGGAGCACGAAGAAGGCUGCCUUUGGGGAGCGAAGGGCCAACCAAGAGGAGUACCCGCAGGAGUUCCCCAUCUCAAAACCUUCGGAUAAUGCAGGCUCUGACUUCAGGGCCAGAGGAGGGAUCAGAGGUAGGAGAGGUGGAGGAGGAUACACAAGGAACUUGGAUAACCUCAACUUGAGGGGCAAGAGAGAGUAUGAUCGACACAACGGAACAGGUAUCUCUCCUGAGGAAAAGAGAGGAGGCAGAGGACCCUGGAACUGGGGCUGUGUUGAAGAAGCUGCAAGUGAAUUAAUGGAGGUGACAUCUGAUGCUCCGGCCAAAUCUGAGGAGCCCCAAAUACCCGUGGAGGAAGAGAAUCAGAAUCGAGCAGUGGAAGAGGAUGGAGAGAUGGUGGUCCAGGUUGCCAUGGAGAUGACCCUGGAUGAGUGGAAGGCCCUGCAGGCGGUGGGUCGUCCCAAGGUGGAGUUUAAUAUUCGCAAAGCAGAGAACAAAAUUCCCUCUAAAGCCAAGGUCAUCCAUCAGUCAAAGCACCUGGAGAAAUUCACAGGGACUGUGGAGGACAUGGAGGAUGACGGCAACUUCUUCCGGAAGUCUGUUAAUGACAUCACCUCCCUCUUGGACAUCAAUUUCGGGAGUCUUGGACGCCCCAGUCGUGGUGGUCGGGGAAGGGGAGCACGAGGUGGUCCCAUUAGUCGUCCAGAGAGACCCAAGCCCGUACUGGAAAGGGAAGAUGACUUGGCUCCUAAUCCAGAUGACCCAGAAGACUUCCCAGCACUAUCAGCAAAAAGAUAACUGAAAUAACCUAAUGCACUUAUUUUCAUUUAUCUCCUGUGGGGAAAGUUGGUUGCACUUGACACUCCAUUUCAUGUUUCUGCUGUUCUUAAGGUUUGGGGGUUUUAUUGUACUUGAUUUAUUUUGUUCUAUUGCACUAAAGGCACUGUUCAGCACUUGACUCCCAGAGAAUAAAAUGCUUUUGCGAGUUUA